UUUACGUUGACAUUGUUUGCUGCCAACUUCAUUCAUGUGAAAAUAAACAAGCUGCUUAUGUUGUUACAAUAAUUUUUUAAAAUGGACAAAAAUCAAUUAUCUGCUGUCCUCCAAGUACUAAAAAAAUAUAACUUAAAGGGUACGGAGGAACUUCUUCGAAAAGAAGCUAAUCUUACCGAAUAUAAUGAAGAAUUGAAGGAAGAUACGGACGUUAAUAAUGUUUUAACAGGUUAUAAAAGUGACGGAGACCCAGAAGCUUACGAGACAGCUUAUUCCGAUCUUAAGAAAUUCGUUGAGAAUUCUUUAGAUAUAUACAAACAUGAAUUGGGAUCUAUAUUGUUUCCAGUUUUGGUCCACAUGUAUUUAGAAUUAGUGUAUAAUAACCACCCGUCGAAAGCUAUAGAAUUGAUGAAAAAAUUCGGUCCCGAACAAGAUUAUUAUUACCAAGAAGAUUUAAAAAAAUUAGCAAUGAUAAUGAAAAAGGAGCAUAUGAAUGGGAGCGAAAUAGUUGAAACUUUCAAAUCAAAUCAAUUCGUCAUUAGAAUAUCCCGAGAUACAUUAUCAUUAUUAAAAAGACAUUUAAAUGAAAAAAAAUCAACUAUAUUGUUAAAUAUUAUCCAAGAUCACCUCUACUUUGAUAUGUAUGAAGGUGUAGCAAGGAAUAAAGCGCAAAUUGAUGCUACUGCUGGAUCUAUGGGGGGUGAAAUAUCCAAACACAAUAAAACGAAGGUAUAUUAUGGGAUACCAAAAGGUCCUGAUCCAAUUACGAUCGCUGCUCCUUUAGAGGAGGAGGAAGAAGGUGCCGAUCAGGAUAAUCCUGAUAAACCUAAAAAGAAAAAGGCUAAAAAAGAUCCUAUGUUUUCGAAAAAGACGAAAUCAGAUCCCAAUGCUCCACCACCUGAUAGAAUACCUGCUCCAGAAUGGAAAGAUAAUGAUCGAGCUGAAAAAUUUAAAGCAAACAGAGAGAUUUCAAAGAGGGUUACUUUAGGUGGAGAUUCUUUACCAUCUUGUUGUUGCUAUACUCUACUUAAUGCUAAUUACUCAGUUUGCUGUGCAGAAAUUACUGAGGAUUCCAGUAUGGUUGCUGUAGGUUUCAAUGAUUCCAUAGUGAAAGUUUGGACACUUGUACCGCAGAAAUUGAAGGCUAUGAAAAGUACAGAGCAGCUAGAAGAAGUUAAUAUUGAAGCUGAAGAUGUUUUGGUACGUAUGAUGGACGAACGUUCGGGCGAAACGUCGCGCACCUUAUGCGGACACAGCGGCCCCGUUUAUUCGGUAUCCUUUUCGCCGGAUCGAACCCUUUUGCUGAGUUGUUCGGAAGAUUCGACAAUAAGAUUGUGGAGCUUGCAAAUAUGGAGUUGUUUGGUCGUAUACAAAGGACACAUGUUUCCCGUAUGGGACGUUAAAUUUUCACCGCUCGGUUAUUAUUUCGCUUCGGCAUCGUACGAUAAAACCGCAAGACUUUGGGCCACCGACCAUUAUCAACCGUUGAGGGUGUUUGCCGGACAUUUUUCAGACGUCGACUGUAUCCAGUUUCAUCCGAACGCGAAUUACGUGGCCACGGGAUCCAGCGAUCGAAGGGUUUGUUUGUGGGAUUGCACCAACGGGAACCACGUGCGGAUUAUGACGGGUCAUAAGUCGCCGAUUUAUUCUUUGGCUUUCAGCAUUUGCGGAAGAUAUUUGUCAUCGGGCGGGGCAGAUAACAAAGUGCUCAUAUGGGAUUUGGCCCACGGGCAUUUGGUAGCAGAGCUGGCGGGCCACGAAAAGACCAUUCAUUCUUUGGCGUUCAGCAGAUGUGGAAAUCUUUUAGUAUCCGGUGGUUUGGACUGUACUUUAAAAAUUUGGGAUUUCACCAAGUUGAUAGAAGAAACUAGCUCGGAAGAAGUGAACGUUUCCCAUAAUCCUGACGUAAAAAAUGGUACGAAUUAUGUUUUACGAACUUUUUCUACAAAAAGUUCACCUCUAAUAGCUUUACAUUUUACACGAAGAAACUUAUUGAUUGCCGUUGCUAUUUUUGAUAGUGUACAUACUUAAAAAUCUUUUUUUUUUAGUGUAAAUAAACAUUUUUUGUAUAUAAA